AUGAAGACGGGGGCCGGGCCGGGCGGCACGGCGGCGGCGGCGGCAAAUCCGGUGUUGGCGGCAGGCUCGUCUGAGACAGGGAAGGUUGUCUCGCAUUUCCGGAUCGGAAUAGAGAUCGGACGAGGGUCGUUUGCCAACGUGUACAAGGGGGUGGACCUCGACAACAACAACAAGACGGUGGCGAUUAAGUCGGUGUUCCGGAGCCGAUUAAAGAACCAGAAGUUGGUGACGAAUUUGGAGAUCGAGAUUAAGAUUUUGCGCAACUUGAAGAACCCGCACAUCGUGUCGCUCUUGGACUGCGUGAAGACAGACCACCACUUCCACUUGGUGAUGGACUACUGCUCCUUGGGCGAUUUGUCGUACUUCAUCCGCAAGAAAACCCAGUUGUCCAAUCACCACCCGAUAAUCAAAACCGUUUUGGAGAAGUACCCCUCGCCGGCAAACUCGAACGGGUUGAACGAGUUCUUGGUUGUCAACUUUGCCAAGCAGCUCUCGUCCGCGUUGAAGUUUCUCAGGUCGCAGAACUUGGUCCACAGAGACAUCAAGCCGCAAAACCUCCUAUUGUGCUCACCGGCACACUCGAAAGACGAGUUCGUGGAAAAUCACUAUGCUGGUUUCUGGGAGUUGCCGAUUUUGAAAGUUGCAGAUUUCGGGUUUGCCAGGUAUUUGCCUUCGACCUCGAUGGCCGAAACCUUGUGCGGCUCUCCUCUUUACAUGGCUCCGGAAAUCUUGAGGUAUGAGAAAUACAACGCCAAGGCAGACCUUUGGUCUGUCGGUACGGUCAUCUACGAGAUGGUUGUUGGCAAGCCUCCAUUCAGAGCCUCCAAUCAUAUCGAAUUGUUAAAGAAAAUAGAGAAGUCGAAUGACCAGAUCAACUUCCCCACUGAUUUUGAAAUUUCACAGGAUCUGAUCAGGUUGAUCUGCAACCUUUUGAAGGCGAAUCCCACGGAUAGGAUGGGUUUCAAUGAGUUCUUCAGUGACCCUGUAAUAAACUCGAACAACGACAUUUACGAAUCGAUGGAGGAGUCACUCUCUUAUUCGGUUGAAAACGAAGAAAUGUACGUCAGCGAGUACCUAGUGGGCAAAGACCGCAACGAAAAUAGCCUCCCAAAAACAGAAAAAAAUGUCAUAAAUAAAAAACCAUCAGCAUUAGUAACAGCUUCUAUCAUAAAACAAAAAGCAAAAAAACAAAUACUUCCAAACCAGUUUGAAAGGCAAAUUCAAGAACCUUUGAACAAAUUAGUCAUCGAGGAGGGCAAUGAAGACGAACUUGAAACUAACGGCAGCGACAAAAAAAUCAAAGAAGACCCCGUAGCUAACAACUUGAAAUCUAAUGCCUCCAACGGCAUCGUCACUAGGGAAAAUAUCGAAAACAGGAUUAGGCCAAAAUCUAUGGAGAAAUCCGUAGAAGAACUUUUGCAAGAGCAACAGAAGGCAAUAAAGAGUGAUCCUGACGCCAAUGGUAAUAACACCGCCACUGACCCUAAUGUUACUGUCAAUGUCAAGCUCAAUGGCCGUGACCAGAUGCUCAGCAGAAGAAAAAAUAAAGCGGGAAACGACAUCAUUGUCGAAAAGGAUUACGUUGUUGUUGAAAAGAGAAAUGUCGAAGUCAACACAUUUGCCGAUGAAAUCAGCAAAGCUUCAAAACCUUUAAAGAAUCCUGAAAGACACUCUUUUUCAAAGCAAAGAAGAUAUUCGAUGUCUGUUAGUCCAAGCGGAGCUUUGAAAGAAGUUCUCGAUUAUACCACAGAAAGAUUGUUUGGUGCAACCAAUACUACCGCUAAUAAUAAUACUGGUUCCACCAAUACUGAAGCUGUGAGUACUAGUGAUAGGCAUGAUGAUUACGGCCCUGAAUCCACGCCAAGGAGCUCACAAGACAAGCCAACUGAAAUAACUAAAAUAGGAUCGUCAGAGGAUAAGGUUGAUAUCAACAAGAUCAUCCUAGGUCGAAACAGUAGUUUCAAGAACACCAGUCUCAACAUGAGGGAGUCCAAUGAUAAAACCGACCAGAUUGAUGGAAUCAUAAAUAAGAUUGAAAGGUUUGCAAUGAUGGCCCAUGCCAUAAGUUUGUACGCAGAAAUAAAGUUUGACCAAGUGAUCCCAUUACCCCCUUCGAGUAAUAACAACGAGUCAAAUCAUUUUGUUGAUGUGUUUGAUUUGGAUGACUACAACAGAUACUCUGGUGCCAUUGGAUUGGAAAAGAACAUGAAUAAUCCAGAAAAGAAAAACAACAGCACAAACAGUAAUACACUACAAUAUAACUCAGUUUAUAGAAAACUAUGCCAAGAAGGGUUGGCUCUAUAUUUAAAGACACUUCUGUUUUUGGGUGAAGCUAUCAAGGCUUCUAGUGAAUGGUGGGCUAAAAACAAGUAUAAGAGCAACAUCACACCUAUGAUGGGCGAGUUGAUCCAAUGGAUACGUAACCGCUUCAAUGAGUCCUUGGAGAAGGCAGAAUACUUAAAGCUACGGAUGAACAGAUUCGAAGAAGAAGAAAAUUCAGCUGAGAACAACCCAGAGCCAAACUUCAUUUGUGAGAAAAUUAUAUUCGACAGGGCGAUUGAAAUCAGCAAGGAUACAGCAAUUCAGGAAUUGGGACAUGCUACUGAUGUGAAUGAACUAAAGAAGUGCGAGAUUGCGUAUUCACUAUCUGUCUGGAUGCUAGAGUCGCUACUUUAUCAGCCAAAGGAAAGUGACGGAGGAUGCCUAGAGAGAGGAGACCAAGACAUCGUUGAAAAUUUCAUCAAUAGUAUAGGCACGCGGUUGUUAAUUUUGAAGAGCAAGAUUGACAACCAAUCGAAAGGGACUCGGACUGACUAG